UACUCACCCCAUCUUCACCACCAACUUCAAUUCUCCUCCAUACUCACUCUCAACCCUCAUUUUAAUCAGUUCCUCCCCCCAAACAAACAACUAUUAAUGGCGAUGAAGAAAUCCAGCAAACUCACUCAAGCAGCAAGUCUCAAACAAAUCAUGAAACGAUGCUCGAGCUUGGGCAAGAAACACGGCUACGACGAAGACGGCCUCCCCGUCGACGUCCCGAAAGGGCACUUCGCCGUCUACGUGGGCGAGAACCGCAGCCGCUACAUCGUCCCAAUCUCCUUCCUCUCCCAUCCCCAAUUCCAGUGCCUGCUUAGGAGAGCAGAGGAGGAGUUCGGAUUCGACCACGAAAUGGGCCUCACUCUUCCCUGCGAAGAGGUUUUUUUCAGAUCGCUCACUUCCAUGAUCCGAUGAAUCAGAACCAUCCAAUUCCGCCUCUCAAAUUGCCUCCCAUUUUUGGAGAGAGAUUCCCAAGAGGAUAAAUUACUUCCUCUUUUUUUAACAUCUUUCUUCCUAUAUUUAUGUGGAGGGAUCUGUCAUUUUAGCCGGUAGUGCUUGCUUUUCUGUCUAACUGGAUUUGUAAAGGAGAUCGAUGUUUGUCAUUUUUCCUCACAGAGGCCCUGUGAGAGAAUUUUAAUGUUAAUUCAUCCACAACUAUUGCUGUU